AGACGCGGCGGCGGAGGAGGAGGAGGAGACGGGACACGAGAGACAGAGAGAGAGCGAGAGACAGAGAGAGCGAGACAGCGAGACAGAGAGAACGAGAGACAGAGAGAGAGAGACACCGGUGGACAGAGGCACCGCGCGUAGCUCAGAUCCCGGCCAAUACAUCGGCGUGCGUGCGAGGGAGCGUGCGGGCGCUGCCAAACGAGAAGACAUAUUCGUGCGCGCGGACGGACGGACGAACGGAAGAGGCGAGCAGAUCAACAAGGGGGGGGGGGGGAGACGGGCGGACCGGCCGAUCGCUGGACACGUACAGGCGGCUGGUCGGGCGGACGAGGAGGGCUGAAGGAGGGGGGGGGGGGCAGGCAAGCAGGCGAACGGACCGCGCAGUGCGGAUAAGGGGUCCCGCAGACGGGCCGACGGGCUGAUAAGCGGGCAAGGCGGUGAGCGGAGCGACGGCCGAAGGCGAGCGGGGGCACGCGGAAGAUGGACGGAGCGAAUCCCGCAUCUCUCCCGAUGACGACGUAGCCGCGAAGAGGUAGGCCAAAGUUCCACGCUCUCCUCCGCUCUCUGCUCUCCUUCGCUCUCCGCACGUCGCCAUGCACACGCAGAGCGGCCGCGGUGGCCCCCCUGUGAUGCUGGGGGGCGAGCCGGCCCCCCAGCGCCCGGCGGCUGCCCCCCCUCCGACCGACAUCGUGGCUUGCACGCUGGGGCCCCCCGACGGUUCCCGGGGUCCCCGCCGCGGCGUCUCCCCGAGCAAGCCUGGCGACGACCGCGGCUUCACGGAAAUCUGCGUGAAGGAGCCGGACGCGACGAAGCAGCAGCGGCAGCAGCAGCAGCAGCGGGAGGUGGAUGGAGACCGAUUGGCAUUGCUUUCGUCAUCUCCGGAGGAGCUGGCGUCCGCGGGCCGGGCGAUGAGCGCCGGGCUCUUGUGCCGGCGCCAGGAGGUGGCGUUGGGCGACGGCGAUGCCGGCGCCGGUGGGGACAGCCUCGUCACGCUCACCAUCCUUGACGGGGGCGGCGAGGACGCGGGAGAGGGCGGCGCGCGGGGCCGCCCCCCCACGGAUUGCCGGCGCCCGGAGGUUGGCGGCAAAGGGGGCGGUGGCGGCGGCAACGUGGGGGAGGGCGGCAACGCCGGCCUCCGCGACGCGACCACGGUGGAGCUGCCCUCUUCCAAUUCGUCAUCGUCAACAUCCUCAUCUUCUUCUUCGCGGAGAGUCGCUACCUCCGUUCCCGGAGGUGGCGACUUGGUGCGGCUGCCCCGGAGCGACCUUAGGGACGAAGAUGUUUACGACGAUGACGAAGGGCAGGAGGAGGCGGAGGAGGAGGAGGAGGAUGAGGCGGAGGAUGAAGGCAAGAAGGAGUACGGAGAGGGGCAGCCGAACGGCGGGCGCGGGGACGGCGGCGAGAGCAGCCUCGAGGGCAUGCGGAGGAAGAUGCAGCGCAGCAAGUCGACGGGCGGCAGCUUCCUGGAGGGGCUGCUCGGAUGCCUGCGGCCUGUGUGGAGCAUCCUGGGCAAGGCCUACUCCACCGAGUACAAGCUCCAGCAGCAAGACAAGUGGGAGGUGGCAUUCGAGGAGAUAGCAGAGCUGCAGUGGCUGGGCAGCGGCGCUCAGGGCGCCGUCUUCCUGGGCAAGUUCCGCGGCGAGGAGGUCGCCAUCAAGAAGGUGCGCGAGCAGCGCGAGACGGACAUCAAGCCGCUGCGCAAGCUGAAGCACCCCAACAUCAUCGCCUUCAAGGGCGUGUGCACUCAGGCACCGUGCUUCUGCAUCAUCAUGGAGUACUGCGCGCAGGGGCAGCUGUUUGAGGUGCUGCGCGUGGGCCGCCUCGUGUCCCCGCGCCUCCUCGUCGACUGGACAUGCGGGAUCGCGAGCGGCAUGCACUACCUGCACACCCACAAGAUCGUCCACCGCGACCUCAAGUCGCCCAACGUGCUGGUGACCCAAGACGACAAGGUGAAGAUCUCCGACUUCGGGACGUCCAAGGAGAUGAGUGACAAAAGCACCAAGAUGUCGUUUGCCGGCACGGUGGCGUGGAUGGCGCCGGAGGUGAUCCGCAACGAGCCCGUCUCCGAGAAGGUGGACAUCUGGUCGUUCGGCGUGGUGCUGUGGGAGCUGCUCACCGGGGAGGUUCCCUACCGCGACGUCGACUCGUCAGCCAUCAUCUGGGGCGUGGGCAGCAACAGCCUCCACCUGCCAGUCCCCGCCUCCUGCCCUGACGGUUUCUCCCUGCUGCUGCAGCAGUGCUGGAACAGCAAACCACGGAACCGGCCGUCGUUCCGGCAGAUCCUGUUACACCUGGACAUCGCAGCGGCGGACGUCCUCGCCACGCCGCACGAGACGUACUUCCAGUCGCAGGCGGAGUGGCGGGAGGAGGUGCGCGCACACUUUGAGAAGAUCAAGAGCGAGGGCACCUGCAUCCAGCGCCUCGACGACGAGCUCAUCCGACGCCGGCGCCAUGAGCUCCGGCACGCCCUGGACAUCCGCGAGCACUACGAGCGCAAGCUGGAGCGAGCCAACAACCUCUACCUGGAGCUCAGCGCUGUCAUGGUGCAGCUCGAGGCCUGGGAAAAGGACCUACUCAGGCGUGAACAGGACCUGGAGAGAAAGUACCCCGGCGUUUACAAGCGGCUCCCGGCUCGUCCGGCCCUCCGGCCAUCGGCCGUUGAGCGUCUCAUCAAGAAAAAACCCUCGACCCACAAACCCUCGUCGCACGGACGCAGGUGGGGUCACGCGGGGCGUGACAGCAGACCCGACCUGCUGCGCUCGGAGGGAAUUCCCGGCAGCAUGGAAUCAAGCCCCGUGCCGUCUCGCGCGCCGCCCGCGCCCCCCGUCGCGUCUGCCGUGCCCCACAAGCCGCAGCUGUCCACGCCGCCUGGCAAGGGCCGCUACCGGGGCCGCGCACGCCACCGCCGCACCAACAGCCGGGGCAGCCACGGCGACUUCUCCUGGCUGGUGGCGCUGCCUCGGCCCGACGCCGACAGCGCGGCGAACGGGACGCCCGCCCGGCACCGUCGAGACGACGGUGCCGAUCUCGCGGAGGACGGCGCGCGUGGUGCCCCCGCACCGCCGCGGCCUUGCGCCGACCCCGACCUCGUCGGCGCGGCCAGGAUCGGCGCCGGGAGGAUCGACGAUGACGGCGCCCCGCGGCCGGACGGCGACCCGCGGCGAGCGGAGGCCGGCGGUGGCGGCGGGAGCGAUGCCGCAGCGGGCCACGGCGUUGGUUCGGCGAGCCAGCCGCCGCGAGUUUCCGGAGCGGCGGCAAUGCUGCCCGGUCGCGGUAGCAGGGCGGACGCGCCUCAUGACGUCACCGCAGCAAGUGUAGCGGGGAAGCAUCUCAGGCUGCAACAGCGCACGAGCGCCGACGCGGCCCAACCGGAUUCGUCCGAGGAGGAGGAAGGGGAGGUGGACAGCGAAAUCGACUUCCCACGCAGGCAGAGGCCACACCGGUGCGUCAGCGGCUUCCAGUCAUACUCCACGUUCAGCUCCGAGAACCUGUCGGCGUCGGACGACCUGGAGGAGGGCAACACCAGCGACCAGUCGGAGCCGCCCCCGCCCACUCAUGCCCCGGUGCCCCAGCCGGCCCGACCCUUGACCCCGCCGCGGGGAGCGGGUGGUGGCACGGGGGCCACCGAGGAUGGGCGCGAUCGUCGGCGGUGCGACGACGAAGACGACGAAGAUGAGUUUGACGACGAGGAGGAGGAUGGCAGCGGGCGAGGGCUUGCGUCCAAGUCCCCCGAGGUCCCCAUCGAGAUCUCGACUCAGUCGGACGGGCUGUCCGACAAGGAGACGGCCGUGCGGCGCGUCAAGACGCAGAUCUCGCUGGGCAAGCUGGCGCGCGACGAGAUUAUGCACCCGCCGGUGCCCAGCCCCGUGCAGAGCGCGUUGGCCUUCCGUGACUCGGGCUCAGACACCUCGGAGGGCGAGGCCUCCGACUCCACCGUGGCCACAGCCAGGGCUCGCGUCUUCAGUUGGUGACCCCUUGACUCCCAGCCACCGAGGUGGACGUCACGUCCCGGGACCUCACAUCAGCAUGGCUCAACAUCGGCGCACAGCCUCGCCUCCCACGCAAUGCGACGCCGACUCCCGAACUUUGUGUUCAAACUUCCAUUUUUUUCAACCACUCGCUCAAACAUUCCCACCGAUUCUCGCCCAAACCUCAUUCCCCUUCAACCGCUUACAACGCAACCCAAAAGCUUCCCGGCGUUGCUCCCUGUAUUGUGGUUUUACAAAAUCACCAUCACCUUCACGCACGCACUGCUCACCACCACCAACCAUUUCUCACCACCCACCCCCAUACACGGUUGGACGGGGCCAAUUUGCAACUGGAAAUUAUCCCGGUAAACUUGUCGUCGCAUUUGGCAACGUCGCACUUGGCCCAACGUCAUUAAGGAAUCAUCAGCUCAGCAAGUCGUCAGCAGCACGGUGUUUUCGCACUUGAGGAUGCUUUCCUUUGUCGUCCCCACGCUCGCAUCGCUGCAGACCACAUUGCACGCCAUCAAGAUGACGUAGCUCUGCUUCUUGGUCGCUGACAAUUUGCUGUCCCACAGGUUUUGCAAUUUACGUAAUCUGAUUUUCGGAGCAGCAGCGUCUUUACUAAAAACUCCUCAAGGGAGCAACGCAGUGAUGUACGUAUCACGUGUGCAGGUGGUUCACCUACACCGGGGCCCACAGCUCUGAGGGGCCCAGGCCACGGGCUACAAAGAUGGGCGAGGGAAAUGGACAGCCCCUCCCAUUUCAUUCAGCGCACCAGGGUCCAUGCCAACCACGCUACACCACUGGGGGCCAUCCGCCCCGUCUUAGUUGUACACUCUGCCUAUGCACGAGCGUUUCCUUUACUGCUUCAACAUGUCCAUGGGCUGUAUUAUCAAGCCAGCUCAGUCUCCGCCACUUGUGUGUGUCCUGUUUAACAAAUUGGCAGCACAACGCCAGCAAGCUCACUGUUUGUCCUGAAGCACUCGGCUCCCAUCAUGCCGUUCGUAUUUUAUGUCGACGGAGUCGGUGAACAUUUCCCGUGCACACCAAUUUGCACUGAGUGGCUCCGCUUGACGAUUCCAAUUUUUACGAUGAUGUAACAUGUGUGCAGGGGAAGGGAAGUCGAUCAAGACGCCGGCCCUCAUUUGCUAGGCUGCGACAGCGAGUACGCAUCACAGUUUAGUGACGCGGACACUCAUUCCUAUUUAUUUGUUAUGGUCCGAGGAAAUGUAUCCAAACGCGAACUGUAUGACAUGCAAAACAAAUGUCUCAUAGUUGUAAAAACACAACACAGGUUGUGUGUUCCGGGUUUAUCUAACACAAAUUUGAAAUUUUCGGUAAUGAAGAAAAAAUAUUUUAAAUUAAAUUUAAAGCUUUCGUGAAUGCAGGGAUUCAUCUUCUUGGUUCUUUCGGUAAAGUCACGUAUUAUUUCCCUUCUACGUGACUACCGAAAGAACCAAGAAGAUUAAAAAUUCAUGCAAAAUAACUUAAAGUGUUUUUUUUGUCGCCGAUAUGUAUUUGUUUUUGAGUGAGGCCACGUAGUAGAUUUAGGCAAAAAUUCUUAUCAUUAACCCUCAGCCACCCGACAACAUUGCCACGUUUACAAAAAUAUUAAAUUCAGCAGUGAAAAUUCUGAAGCCAAACGUGGAAAUCUUGUCGGGUGUUGCCGGAUUCAUGACAAGAAUCUUGCCCACAAAACUACCACCACGUGUAGCCUAAUGCAAAAACAAAUGUGGCUCCCAUAAGAGAUGUUUAUUUUUCUGGCCAUGUUUUUCCGUCGUGUGGAACACUACAGAGCUGCGCUCGAACCCCCGCAAGCUCCACCGCUCGCGCACACACUCUCUCAUCAUGGCUUUGUCAUCUGCACCCAGGUGACAAAGAUCACAGGACGUCCGCUGAUGCGAGCGCCAGUUGUUUGCUUCGCGGGUGCCAGUGAGCUCGAUAGCCACGGGCACGGCGUGAACGAUCGAGGGAGCGUGAAAAGUAGGAGCGUGACGCUGCCUCCCUAAACUGAGCGUGGCUCUCACAUUGGCCCGUGGUGUUUUCGAGAGACUGGACACCGGUAAACAAAAAAAUUUACACACGCGCGUGCGUAUAAAUUGAUCAACGAACACUUGGGGGGGUAAUUUUCGUGUUGGCGGAAACACAUUUUUGCGUCACAUUUUGGUUGGGAGAAAAAUUGGCAAAUGUGCUGGAAAAUUGUGAUUUUCUUUUUAUUCAAUUGGGGAAAAGAUACGAGACUUCAUCCUCUGCAGUGGACAUUGCAGCAAGAUCUAUUGUACUGUCCUAUCCCCCCCAACGACUGCUCGCAGCCUUUACUAACCCUCACGGUGAUGUAUGGUCAAAUAACAUCUCAAGAUCUGCACGGCGUAAUAAGGCCCUGAUCCAGCAGUGUAUUUGCACAAGGGCUUAAAGUGUACAUCGGAAGAAUAUGCCCUUUUUAACACGUAGGCUUUCGCGACCAAUUUUAUCCAUCAUAGAGGCUAAUGAUAGAUGUCCAUUGUAAUGUAUAUGACGACAUUAAUCCCCCUCUAGUCUUUGCACCUGAUUAGCUCACAGUGACGACAUCACAUUUAUCCCUCUAUUUAAGACCGAAACAGGAAGAAUUAUCCACAAUUCUGGCUGUCACCUGAUGAGGCUGCUUGGAAUUACCGGCAAAGCAUUGCAGUCGAAUUGUAAAUUCUGUGGGUUUACUCUCCAACACACCGGUGUGCUGAACUAGUAACUGAUUGGCAUAUUUUGUUUGCAUGCCAAACCUUACUAAUUGGCUGUGUCGGGUGGUCGCGGGUUUAACGACACAUUUAUAAUUAUCCAAUUUAACCAAAAAAAAAGCCUUGUGUAGAAUAUGCCCUUCCGCUGGCGUGCACGUGCCAAACCCCACGUGUUCAUUUGGAAAUCUAUUUUCAAUUGGCAAGUACUGCAUGUGUAAAUUAUGAGUCCCGGUUUAAGUUCGUGACAGCUUCGGGAGUUACUGUCCAGUCUGCCAUAAAACGGGCGUCGAUUGCAGUUGCUCGCAAUACGGUCCGUUGUUUGGUUCGGGCAGCUGCAGUCACACUGAAGGUCACCUUUAACUUCCCACUUGUGGAGGGAGGUGGGCGCAGCAAACCAGUCGCUGUUCUGAAGCGGUGAAUGGAGCGCCGCAGGUUUUCUUGGCAGAUCAAAGCCGUGCGGAGCAGUGGUGGGCUCCUCCGAGGAGGGUUUGAUUAUGAACCUCGGCAGAACUCCACAGCGUUCGCCGCGGUUUUCAUUCGACCCUGGUAUUGAUGGUCAUUGUGUAAGACGAGCGGCAACGACGAUCCAUUGCAGUGGCUGCGCUCCGCACGCAGCCCCACACUGAACUCCACCACCACGAGGACUUUGUUUCAGUCGUGUCUGUCCAGCUCAAUGACUUGGAAAAUAUAUACACAUUCCUGCGGAGGGAGCUGGUAGGAACGUUGGGUUGCUCGGUCAGUGGCCAGGGUCAACGGCAGCGUGGUGUAUUCCGCAAAUAUGCCCGCCUGUGAGGGUGGGCACAAGCCGGCGUGAGUAGGUUAAACGUUGAGUUGUAUAAGGGCACCACGGGGUGACCAGCCCCUCCCCACCCAGCCCCACCCCUCCC